ACCAGCAUGCACCGCGCACCAAUCGGUCUGCGUCUCAAACACGCUCACUGAUUGGCCCCCCCGUUCCUACGUAUGAACGUGGGGGAGCAUCGCUGCUGGCCCCGCCCCCAGCCUGAGAAGCUCCCGCUUUCCGCGCGUGCCGCUGCACCGACGGCUCGCUCUUUGGCGGAGAACGAUGUCUUCUGCUAAGUGGCGGAAAUGUGUUUUCGGCUGCGAGAGUUUCCGCAGUUUGUUCAGCCUUCCCAGAGAAGAGCCGACCCGCCAGAAGUGGGAGGAGUUUAUCUUCGGCAGCGCGCGGCACAGCGGCCAGCAGCUGUUUGUCUGCGACCGCCAUUUCCGGGAGGACUGCCUAGCUAACCUCGGGCCGUACCGGAGCGGACUGUCCGGGAGGCUGAACCUCCAAGCGGGCGCCGUUCCUACCAUCAGACCGGAGGAGGAGGCCGGAGCCGGAAAACUCCCUGGGCUGGUCCAUACGGAGGAGGAGGCUCAGGAUGACCCAGAGACGGCACCGAAGCAGGAGCUGAGGAAACCAGAACAUCUUCACACUGAGGAACCGGAGCUGAAGAGGAUCAAAAAGGAGGAGGAGGAGCUGGACGUUCCUCUGGCCGAGCAGGACGGCGCCCGCCGCGCUCCACCGCAGCAGCACGUCCUGAAGGAGGAGAACGGCAGCUUUCUGCUCCUCACGGUGACCGGAGAAGGAACCGUCUUCAAGGAGAAAGCUGUGGACGGUCAGCGCCACCUGCUGGAUGGCAGCAGGAAACCACGAGAUGCUCAGAACGGGAUGGGGGUUAAAAGCGAGCCUGAGUGGAGCGGCAGCCCCGACCAAUCGCACACAGAAGCUCCUGACGUGAAAGAGGAAGAGGAGCCGUGGACCAGCCAGGAUGAAGAGGAGGCUCACCAAGCAGCAGAACAUGAGGAUGAUGAAGAAAAACCCCACAGCUGCUCAUCUCCAACACGGCUCCACAAAGACCAGCUGGCUGGUGCUGACGUCCCAGUGCAGACGGUAGACUCCUCUGAAGGGGCUCACAAAGGUUGCAGUAGAGCGUGGUAUCGGUCAUUUAACACCAUGGACGACUGGAAGCUGAUCACGGAGGUCCAGGACCGCCCCAUCCUUUACGAUACUCUACAUCUUUUUUAUAAGGACAACGACACGAAGGACAGAGCCUGGGCCGAGAUAUCACGGGCGGUUGGAGUCGAUGGGGAUGUCUGCCAGAAACGAUGGAGACUACUGCGGGACCAGUUUGUCAAAAACAGGAGAAAACAGAGCGGCUCCGCGGGGGGGGCCCAGAGGGACUGGAAAUACGCAGACAUGAUGUCCUUCCUGAGCCCGCACGUCCAUCGCAGGAGCUCAAGAGGCAUCAUACGCCUUGCAGGAUUCCAGGACAGAGAGGCUGCAGAAAACACAGAAGAGGCUCAGCGGGACACUCCCUCCCCUGCACCGACUGCACAGUCUGCACCGUUUGCACCGACUGCACAGUCUGCACCGUUUGCACAGUCUGCACCGUCUGCAAAGUCUGCACUGGCUGCCCCAUCUGUACCGUCUGCGCAGUCUGCCCCGUCUGCACAUUCUGCCCCGUCUGCACAUUCUGCCCCGUCUGCACCCAGGCCCACUACCCCUGCCCGAUCCACUGCACCGGCCGCCGCCGUCAGACAGGGCCGGUCCCGCAGCCCAAGAGAAAGGCCCAGCCCACGUCAGCACACUGGAAGGAGGAGAACCGCCACAGCAUCUUUAGAGGAAAGACUCAUUAGCAUUUUACAGGAGCCUCCACCCACACCAGCGGUCCCGAGGGGUCAAGAGGACGAGGCCUAUCACUUUGCUCUAAGCCUAGUGCCCAGGAUGGUGGGCCUGACCCAGGACGGGCUGGACCGUGUCAAAAUUGAAUUUUUGAGGGUCCUACAACGUGUUGAAGCUGAGGAGAGGACUCGCCAGGUCACGUCUGACCCCCACACAACACCGCAGACCCCAUGACCUUCUAACCCCACCCACUUCCUUUGUUCAACCCCCACAAUGCUGGCCACUGAGUGGGCCAGUACUUCUCUGCAUUGUAGUUUUAUUGCAAUUUUUGUACAUAGUUUUUUUGUUGUUGUUUUUUUAAAUAAAACCUGUGAGUGAC